AUGGAGACUCGUUCAAAAAGAAAACGUAUAGGGCCGCUGCCCGGGGGCGAUCGCCGGGGCACACCUGGAGCUGACGCUGGGUGUCACAGCAUGCGAACCGUCAGCGGUGAGGAGUUGAACAGGCGGGCUCCCACCGACAAAGAUACUACAGCCGACAACAGUGACGAUGGUGACAGACAUACAGACCGUACAGACAGUCCAAUAGAACCGUUUAGCCCUAGUACCAUAUCAUACACUCCCUCGAGAGCAUCAUCACCAUCAAUACCAUCGUCACCUCCCACACGUUUCACACCUCCUAUCAUUAGUCUCAGUACCAAUCCACCCUUACCAGCCUUGAAUGUUGCGCGGGGGGCAAGUGCCUUCAUGCCCGCGUCCACCAAGGCUGGAAAACCAAGAGUUCGCAUGAGAUGGAGCAAGGAAGUAAACACCUUUAUCAUGCGAACCUACCUUCAUAUCACUAAAUUAGAAACAGACAUGACCACAUACAGACAACAAUUGCAUGAACUUUUUACACGUCAGUAUCCUGAAAUCAAUGUAACAGAGCAACGUAUCUCUGACCAGAGAAGGGCGAUAAUCAGAAACAAACUUCUAUCACAAGCAGAAAUAGAAAAACUGAAGGAAGAAGUGCGGGAACAGCUAGAGCAUUUAAAUCACAAUCCUCCGGUAGAAACACAUAGUACAUCAACAGAAAACACCUUACAGACACAGCAACAUACACCAACACAAUCGCAACCUAGCACACAAUCACAACCUUAUAUACACACAUACACACAGAACACACACACAUCUACACAAACUGAGAAUAUAACGAUUACACUAGAAAAUGACAUUGAGAUAUUGGAAAAUUUCAAUCAAAAUCAGAUAACAGACACACAAAUUCAAGAAUUACACGACAAGUUUAAAACCGCAUUAACACAAUAUUCAGGGAUGGACGCUUCAGUCCGCCCAAAACUACCCAAACUAAAAUAUACCCCAAAACUCACUCACCUUGUACAUAUAUUUAACACAACCAUACUGAAUCAAUACACUACAGAAAACACGAAACUUAUAGACAUACACACAUUAAUUUACUGCACAGCGUUAGUAAUCUCCGAGGAACUUAACUAUAAAAUAACAGAAUACACAGGCAGCUCCAGACCAAAAACUAUAAAAAAACCACCAUGGCAAGAAAGACUCGAAAGAGAUAUUGAAAAACUGCGAGCUGACUGCGGUAGACUAACACAGUACAUUAACAACAACCGAUCUAAUAAAGUAGUAAAAAGAGUAGAGGCAAUAUUUAAAAACUUCACAACACACACUAGACACGAAAAUGAUAAUAGGAAACCUGAAGAAUACUUAGAUACGUUAAAACAGAAGCUUGCAUUAAAAGUACAUAGGUUAAGGAGAUAUAAAAAAGCACAAGAACGCAAAAACGAUAACGCCAUGUUCUCAAACAACGAAAAGAACUUUUACAGACAUUUACACACAACACAAACAGACACCACGACAGAAACACACACAGAAACACCAACAGCAGAACAACUAGAGACUUUCUGGGGUAGCAUUUGGGAACAACGGGUACAGCACAACGAUAAAGCUAACUGGAUAACAGAGGAAGAAAAUAAAUGGAGCGCAAUAGAAGAAAUGCCAUUUACUGAAAUUUCAGAAUCUGACAUAAACAAUGUUACAGCAAGACUACACAAUUGGAAAUCGCCUGGCAUAGACAAAAUACACAAUUACUGGUAUAAAAAGUUAGAAUCGUUACACAAAAUCAUAGCUAAAAACAUCACAGACAUCAUAUUAGGACAACAGAACAUACCAGAAUUCAUUGCAGAUGGAAUAACCUACAUGCUACCCAAAUCUCGACACUCUCCACAACCUUCACAAUACAGACCAAUCACCUGCCUCCCCACAAUCUACAAAAUCAUAACAUCAGCCAUUACACACAAAAUCACCAAACACAUAGAACACCACAAUAUUAUAGCAGAGGAACAGAAAGGAUGUAGGCGAGGCCAUAUGGGAUGCAAGGAACAAUUAGUCAUAGACACAAUAAUUCACAAACACGCCACUACUAAAAAUAGAAAUCUACACUGUACAUAUAUAGAUUAUAAAAAAGCAUUUGAUAGUAUUCCACAUUCAUGGCUAAUUCAAAUAUUACACAUAUAUAAAAUAAACUCAAAAAUAAUAGAUUUCCUGCAUCACAUCAUGUCCCAAUGGAAAACUACACUACACUUAUACCACAACAACAACACAGUCACAACUAGACAGAUAUGCAUUAGAAAAGGCAUUUACCAAGGAGACUCUCUGAGUCCUCUAUGGUUCUGCCUUGCACUGAACCCUUUAUCUAACCUACUCCACAAAUGUAGAGCCGGAUACACUCUAAAACAUAGCACCACAGAAGAAACCACAAUUUCACACCUUAUAUAUAUGGAUGACAUUAAAUUAUACAGUAAGACAGACAAAGAAAUGAAACACCUAAUAGACACUACAACAGAAUUCAGUAAAGACAUCAAUAUGGAGUUUGGUUUAGAUAAAUGCAAAACACUACACAUAAUCAGAGGAAAAAUAAAACCAGGUGACUACACGAUUAACACUACAGACACAAUUACAGCUAUGGAACCUACAGACUUAUACAAAUAUUUAGGAUACAAACAACUAAAAGGAAUUGAUCACACAGCUAUUAAGAACACCUUAAACACAGAAUAUAAGCGGAGAGUGACCGCGAUAUGUAAAACACAACUCACUGGAAAACACCUCAUCAAAGCACUCAACACCUACGCGAUACCAAUAUUAACUUACUCAUUUGGCAUUAUUAAAUGGUCUAAAACUGAUAUUCAACAAAUAGAAAGAACCACACGCACCACACUUACUAAACAUAACAACCUACACCCUAAAUCCGCAAUAGAACGACUCACCAUCAAACGCCAAAAUGGAGGGAGAGGCCUCAUAGAUAUCAACCAUCUUUGGCAAAAACAAAUUAACAGGCUCAAAACAUUUUUCCACACUAAAUCACACACCAGUAACAUUCACAAAGCCGUAGCUGUAAACGACCACAACUACACUCCACUUAACUUACACGAACAACCAGACACACAACACAACGACACUAUUGACCCACAAACACAAAAGAUAGAGGACUGGAAGAAGAAAGUCCUGCACGGAAGGCACCCGCACGACUUGGAACAACCACACAUCGACACAAUAGCCUCAAACAAGUUUCUCAAAAUCGGCAACCUAUUCCCCGAAACCGAAGGCUUUAUCAUUGCUAUACAAGACCAAAUCAUCAACACCAAAAACUACAGGAAGUACAUCAUAAAAGACCCCACAGCAACCAACGACAAAUGCCGCAAGUGCCACACGCAACCAGAGACCAUACAACACAUCACAGGGGCAUGCACAACACUCACACAAACAGACUACACUCACAGGCACAACCAGGUUGCAAACAUCAUCCAUCAAAAACUAGCACUCAAACACAAACUCAUACAAGACACAAACACACCAUACUACAACUACACACCACAAACAGUUCUAGAAAACACCACACACAAACUCUACUACGACCGCGCUAUACUCACCGACAGGACAAUACACUACAAUAGACCAGACAUAACACUUCAAGAUAAAAUCAAUAAAAUCACAUACCUCAUAGAUAUAGCAGUACCCAACACACAUAACCUACAAAAAACCAUAGGUGAAAAGAUUACUAAAUAUGCAGACCUCAAAGAAGAAGUAACCAGAAUCUGGCGGCAAGAUAAAGUUUAUGUAGUUCCCAUAGUCGUCUCCACCACGGGUGUUAUACCCAAUCACCUCCACCAUAGCCUCAAGUUAAUAGACCUUAAAGACUCCAUUUAUAUCCAACUUCAAAAAGCCGCAAUACUUAACACCUGUCGAAUUGUUAGAAAAUUCAUGCAAUUGGACGAAAAUGAAAUAACCCCACACCAGACAUAA